CGGCUCCUUCCUGCGGGAGGGCGKUGCAGCCUGUGCCCGGCCCGGCUCGACCCGGCUCGGCUCGGCGCGGCGGCCGCAGCAUGUGAGCCCGCGGGGCGGGGAUGCUCUGGCUGCUCUGCGGCCCCUCCGGCGCCAUGGACAGCCAGGCGCUCGUCAUCCGCAUCAAGAUCCCCGACGGAGCCGCCGUGGACUGGACCGUGCAYUCCGCACCCCAGCUGCUCUUCAGGGAUGUGCUGGAUGUCAUUGGUCAGGUCCUGCCAGAUGCAACGACCACAGCGUUUGAGUAUGAGGAUGAGGAUGGGGACCGGAUCACAGUCAGGAGCGAUGAGGAGAUGAARGCCAUGCUCUCCUACUAUUACUCCACGGUGAUGGAGCAGCAGGUCAAUGGACAGCUGACAGAGCCUCUCCAGAUCUACCCACGAGCCUGCAAACCUCCCGGGAAACGGAACAUACAUGGCCUCAAGGUGAACACGCGCGCGGGGGCCGCCAACAGCAGCGCCUCGGCCRCCUCCGACGCCCUCCCCAGCAAUAGCUUAAAAAAAUCCUCUGCAGAGCUGAAGAAAAUCCUUGCCAAUGGCCAGAUGAAUGAACAAGACAUCCGAUACCGAGACAUCCUCGGCCACGGCAACGGCGGCACCGUCUACAAGGCAUACCAUGUCCGAAGUGGGAAAAUCCUGGCAGUGAAGAUCAUGUCAGAGUUGGAGAUUCUGUACAAGUGUGACUCCUCGUACAUCAUAGGAUUUUAUGGCGCUUUUUUUGUGGAAAACAGAAUUUCCUUGUGUACAGAGUUCAUGGAUGGGGGUUCUCUGGAUGUUUACAGGAAAAUCCCAGAGCACGUUCUGGGCAGGAUAGCAGUGGCUGUUGUGAAAGGUCUGACCUAUUUAUGGAGCCUGAAGAUUUUGCACAGAGAUGUGAAGCCCUCCAACAUGCUGGUGAACACGCGGGGCCAGGUGAAGCUCUGCGACUUUGGGGUCAGCACCCAGCUGGUGAAUUCCAUCGCCAAGACGUAUGUUGGAACAAAUGCUUAUAUGGCGCCUGAGCGGAUUUCGGGGGAGCAGUACGGGAUCCACUCRGACGUUUGGAGCCUGGGCAUUUCCUUCAUGGAGCUCGCUCUCGGGAGGUUCCCGUAUCCUCAGAUUCAGAAAAACCAGGGAUCUUUAAUGCCUCUCCAGUUAUUGCAGUGCAUUGUUGAUGAGGAAUCGCCGGUGCUUCCAGCYGGGGAGUUCUCGGAGCCCUUCGUGCACUUCAUUACUCAGUGCAUGAAGAAGCAGCCAAAGGAAAGGCCAGCACCUGAAGAUUUAAUGGGCCACCCCUUCAUCGUGCAGUACAACGACGGCAACGCCGAGGUGGUGUCCAUGUGGGUGUGCAGGAUGCUGGAGGAGCGGCGAUCCCAGGGACCACAGUGAGCUCAGCAGCAUCCCAGGAACAUCCCAAGAGCUCUUCCUGGACCAACAGCACCAGCUUUGGACUCGCAGUUUAUCCAGAUCCUAUUUUACUCCGAAUAUUUCCUAGAAGCCGGGAUAUUUGUUGGCUGCCUUUUCUUCACCGCCACAUCAAGGAAUUUUCUCCCCACAUUUCUUUUGCUGCUGAGCAAUUUCCAGGUUAUCUUCAGUUAUUCUGUACACAGCCUUACAGCAAGUAUUUUAUAUCUCUGUUUUGGGGUUACUGAAUGGACUUUCUAUUUCCUGACUCCAGAGUCUUUUUUAACWGUUGCUCCUGUAGGAGUGGCAUUCCCAGUGUCCAGAGGAUUUCCUGAGGAGCUGCUGGCUGUCUCACAGUGCAGGCARCCACAAAAUACUGGGUUUAAAUGUAAAACAAAAGCAAACAGACAAAAAAAAAAAAGAGAAGUAUCUGAUCUUGCCCAUCCUGUGAGGAGUGAGGGUGUCAGGUGGGUCAGCAUCACACCAGUAAGUGACUGGUAAUGCUUCUCUCUGCUCCCAGUGCCGGCUGCUGGGGAUCGGAAUUGCUGGCAGGGCCAAGCAGGGGAGGCAGCACAAAAAAAAGAGGAGAUCCCUAAAUCAGAAAGGUUUGGCUGAAAUAGGAAAGGUGAGGUGAAAGAGGACAGGGCUCUGCUCUGGAGSCARGCUGGGAGAGCUGRGAAUGUUCCCYUGGAGAAGGGAAGGAUCCAGGGAGAGCUCAGAGCCCCUUGCAGAGUCUGAAGGGGCUCCAGGAGAGCUGGAGAGGGACUGGGGACAAGGGAUGGAGGGASAGGACACAGGGAAUGGCUUCCYACUGCCAGAGGGCAGGGAUAGGGGGAUAUUGGGAAGGAAUUCCUGACUGUGAGGGUGGUGARGCCCUUCCCAGAGAAGCUGUGACUGCCUCUGGAUCCUGGAAUGUUCAAAGCCAGGCUGCCGUGAGGCUUGGAGCCCUGUGGGAUAGGGGAGGGUGCUCCUGCCCCGGCAGGAGUGACAUUGGAUGGGAUUUAAAGUCCCUUCCAACCCGACCCAGCCUGGGAUUCCAUGAUUCUCACAGACAGGGAAUAUAUGCUGGAAGCUCCCUGCAGGAGCUGCAGUCUCUGGGUGCAGAGGGAGGGCAGCCCCAGCCCCRAAAUCUGCAGCGAGCAGUGGCACUGGGGGGGUGGGACCUUCCUCGGGCAGCCAAGGGCCACAGCUCCUGCCUGGGCAGCAUCCCAUGGGAUUGGGGACAGAGAGCUGACACAGAGCAUCCCUCUGAUCUCAGGAACAGCUGCAGGGUUUUCCUUAUUAUCCCAGCAGCUCCUGGCUGGCCUGGAAGUCUCCUGCCUUGCACUGCUCUGCCUCGAUCCCUGAUUCCCAUCCCUUGGAGUUGCUGCAUGCUGGGUCCAGCCGGGCCGAGCACGGGCUCCAGGUUUGCUGUUCCAGGGAAAGGGAAGGAUUGCAGUGGCUCUGCUGGGUGUUCUUGGCUCCUGCAAUUCCUGGGGAGGUUUCCCCRGCAGACCAACGCAGAUUGAACCAGUCCUGGUGUUACAAUGCUUAUUAAAAGCAAAAAAGAAAUKAAACAGAUGUGAAAGGCAGGUUUGGGGUGGGUGAGCUGGGUGGGAGGAGGU